AUGAAGGACCUUCAACACGAUCAUAUUGUUCGCUUCAUCGGAGCCUGCAUUGAUCCUCCACACUGCUGCCUCGUCAAAGAGUACUGCCCCAAAGGAAGUCUUCAGGAUAUCCUGGAAAACGAGGAGAUCAGGCUGGACUGGAUGUUCCGGUACUCGCUGAUGCACGAUCUGGUCAAGGGCAUGGCCUACCUGCACAACAGCGAGAUUCACAGCCACGGAAACCUCAAGUCGUCAAACUGCGUCGUCGACAGUCGCUUUGUGCUCAAGAUCACGGAUUUCGGUCUGCACAACUUGAGGGUGUACGACGAGAACGAAAACGAAGACACCUACGCUUAUUGGAGGCGGAAAUUAUGGACUGCGCCAGAAUUGCUGCGCGCCCAGGAGCCGCCAGUUAACGGCACACAGAAGGGUGAUGUGUAUUCUUUCGCCAUUAUUUCUCACGAGAUCGCCGUUCGUCAAGGCGCUUUUUACCUGGGCAACAUCGACAUGAGUCCAAAAGAGGUCGUGGAGCAGGUUAUGUCCGAGUCGAAGCCCCUGUUCAGGCCAGUCUUCGACGAGAUGGACUGCCCCGACGAGGUCCGACUCCUGAUUACCAAGUGCUGGGCUGGAGAUCCCGCCGAAAGGCCCGACUUCCAGACACUCAAGUCCCUUAUAAGGAAGCUCAACAAAGAAUCCGAGAGUGGCAACAUCCUGGACAACCUUCUGUCUCGGAUGGAACAGUACGCCAACAACUUGGAGUCUCUGGUCGAGGAGCGAACAUCUGACUACCUCGAGGAGAAACGCAAAGCUGAGGAUCUCCUUUAUCAACUUCUUCCCAGAUCUGUAGCGAGUCAGUUAAUCAAGGGCCAAUCAGUACGAGCGGAAUCGUACGACAUCGUCACCAUAUACUUCAGUGACAUCGUCGGCUUCACAUCACUUUCCGCACAAAGUACUCCUAUGCAGGUGGUGGAUUUGCUCAACGAUCUCUACACCUGCUUCGAUUCUGUAAUUGAGAACUUCGACGUAUACAAGGUUGAGACCAUCGGCGACGCCUACAUGGUCGUGUCCGGGAUUCCCGUGCGCAACGGUAUCAUGAACGCCCGGGAGAUAGCGCGGAUGUCCCUGGCGCUCCUCAAGCAGGUCCUCUCCUUCAAGAUCCGACAUCGACCGGGAGAGAAGCUCAAUCUACGCAUCGGCAUCCACACGGGUCCAUGUGCGGCCGGCGUCGUCGGUCUCAAAAUGCCCCGCUACUGCCUCUUCGGAGACACUGUCAACACGGCAUCGAGGAUGGAGUCUAACGGAAUGCCUUUGAGAAUUCACGUGAGCACUCCCACCAAAGAGGUAUUAGACACCUUUAAGACGUUUCAGCUGGAACUUCGAGGAGAAGUAGAAAUGAAGGGCAAAGGAAAAAUGACCACUUACUGGCUCCUCGGAGAGCAAGAACCCGAUGCCAUUGCUUUGGGUCCUAACACAGCUGGACCACAGUCGGACGUCCGCAAAGAAACCAAGAUUUGACCCCCGAGUCCUCGAAGAACUACCAAGAGCUCAAAAGCACCGCCGAUAGGGUAGUGACGUGCAACACGAGAACACGUCACCCUCGCGGCGCCCAGGACCGAUACCUUUCACGGUGUCCACGCAGAGGAGUUUGUCUACGUCUAUCGUUGGACAGGAGAAAGGGUUCACCCAGAUCGUGUUCCCGUCG